GUUAGCCGCGCCGAGCACGUGGAUGGAGCCACCGUGGUGUUCUUGUUCUCUACGCUGAAGGUCAGGAGCGGAGGCUGCUCCUGGAUGACACCACGGACCUCGCCGUUGCCGUCCUCUUCUACACCGAUGGUCACCGCUCGCCUCUACUUCCUCUUCAUCGACUCCGCCGUCGCCGUGUCGUUCCGUCUUGGACUUACACCAGCAUUUGCUUCUUCCCGGAUAGGAUCACGAAGUGGUGUUGCGAGACAUGAUGAGUUGUUCGACAAGUUCUUCUGCAACUUUUCACAGGUACAAGAUGACGAUGUUAGCAAGGUUACCCUUCCGGCUUGGCCUGGGCAGGGUUAUGGACGCCACUGGUUAUCUUCAGGACUCUUAGUCCAAUUUGUAUCUUGUCCGUACUCGGACGUAUUUGAUCUUAUGUAUGAUUUGGAUCUUUGUAUUGUAUAUUUGUAUCUUGACUCGUUGGAGUCGUUGUUGUAAUAUAUGUAUCUUGUGGGCUC